AUGCCACCUUCGCAGCUGAAGCAGUUGAAGGCUUCGCUUCGGGAUAGCGGGGUUGUCGGUCCCCAGCAGUCCAAGAAGCAGAAGCGCCAGAAUGCGAAGUCUGGUGUCGCAUCGCAGAAUCGGAACCAGCGCAAUGCCGCUUUGCAGGCAAUUCGAGAUCGGUUCAACCCAUUUGAGAUCCGGACAACUGCACCGAGGAGCAAAUUCGAGACGACCACUCGUGAUGGCAAUUCCACAAAAGCUACUGGGCGCCGUCCAGGUGUCACCAAGUCCUUGGGAGAAGAGAGGCGCCGCGCCACCCUUCUGCAGGAAAUGAACAGCCGAAACAAAGUUGGUGGGCUUGUUGAUCGCCGUUUUGGUGAAAACGAUCCGACCAUGACUCCGGAGGAACGAGCCGCCGAACGAUUCGCGAGAGAAAGCCAGAAGAAGAUGCGCAAGGAAUCCAUGUUCAAUCUCGAAGAAGACGAUGAAGAGUUCCAGCUUACGCAUAUGGGCCAGUCACUGACGCUUGAUGGCGCUAAUAUGGACGAUUUCGAUGGCGGCGAUUUGGACGGGGCUGAGUCUGAAGAAGAGGAGUCACGGAAACGAAAGCGCCUUGGGGAGGAUGAGGAAGAUGUGGAAGAUUUUAUCGAUUACGGAGAGGAAGGCGGGGAUGAACCGGACCGCAAGAAGUCCAAGGCCGAAGUUAUGAAGGAAGUCAUUGCCAAGUCUAAGUUCUACAAGGCCGAGCGGCAAAAGGCCAAGGAGGACGAUGACGAUCUCCGAGACGAACUGGAUCAAGAGCUCCCAGACCUCUUUGAGGCUUUGCGUGGCAUAAAGGCCCCGGCUAAACCGGAGCCGCCUAGACAGGAUCUUGAUACCAUGAACCCGGAGCGCGCGGCCAUGCUCCAAGAGCCAGAAGGCAAAAACACCGAGAAGGAAUACGACCAGCGUCUCAAACAACUGACGUUUGACAAGCGGUCGAAACCCACGGAUCGCACCAAGACCGAGGAGGAGAAGGUGGAAGAGGAGGCUGAACGGCUGAAGAAAUUGGAGGAAGACCGACUCCGCAGAAUGCGCGGCGAACAGUUAAGCGACGAGGAGGAAGAGGAAAGCGACAAGGAUUCUUUCUUCCAGGGCGACGAAGAGGACGAGGAGUCUGAAAUUGACGAUGCGGCUGCUUUCGGACUUCACACUGCUACUUCAUAUGAGCCGCGCCCGGAACUUGCGGUCGAGGACGAAGAUGAUUUCAUUAUCGACGAUGACCUAGUCGAGACGAGGUCAAACGUCAGUUUGUCUGUGGAUGGGAGCGACAUCGAAGAGGAGGAGCUUUCAGAUGAUGAUGAAUCUGAGGAGGAAGACGAACUCAUCAAUGGGAUGACGUUACCAACGGCGAACACUGGCGGUGCUGCCGCAUCAACAGCUGUCCAAGUCAACCAAACCGCUGAUGGGAAAUUGGCAUUUACAUACCCUUGCCCGAGCAGCCAUGAUGAAUUUCUCAAGAUCAUCCACGGCGUGCCUACCCAGGAUCUGCCGACGGUCAUCCAGCGCAUUCGUGCCUUGCAUCACCCCCGUCUUCAUGCCGACAACAAGGCCAAGCUCGGCAGAUUUGCUGAGGUCCUCGUCGAACAUGUUUCUUACUUGGCCAAUGGAAGCGAUGAACCUCCGUUCGCCAUCAUUGAGAACAUUCUGCGUCACAUUCAUUCGCUGGCCAAAACGCAUCCCAUCAACGUCGCCAUGGCAUUCCGUGCUCGUCUUCGCGAGAUCUCGGAUGAUCGCCCGCUCAACCUCCUUCCCGGUGAUCUCGUCGCCCUGACUGGAGUGGCUACUGUCUUCCCUACGUCGGAUCACUUCCAUGCUGUCACCACGCCCGCCCAUCUCUGCCUUGCUCGGUUCUUGGGCCAGUGUUCACUCAGCAGCACCUCCGAUUUUGUGACUGGUGCCUUCGCCACGAGUCUCUGCCUUCAGUACCAGGCGGUUGCGAAGCGGUACAUGCCCGAGUUCAUCAAUUAUAUACUGAAUGCUCUUUGCAACCUAUCUCCCACCGAGCCGAUCGCGAAGCUUGGGUCUUUCCCAUUCCGAAAGUCACAGGAAUCCGUCAAACUCGCGCCAUCCAAAAAGGUCACCCCACGAAAAUUGCAGUUCCGGGAUUUGGCUGCUACACCUUCCGACUCUCAGGCCGAAGAAGAUCUUAAAAUCUCCCUCGUCACUACGUUUGUGUCUCUCCUGGACACUGCUUCGGAUCUGUGGGCUGAGAAAUCUGCCUUCGCUGAAAUCUUCAGUCCCGUCCGGGAUGUUCUCAACCACCUCCGCCAAUCCUUCAAGAGCAAGGUCUUCGCAGCAGCUCGAGACCCCAUCCAGUCCACCCUGGACAAGAUUGAUGCCCAUCUCGCCCAUGCCCGUCUUGCCCGCCGCCCGCUGCUCCUCCACAGCCACCGUCCGCUCGCGAUCAAGUCCGCCAUUCCCAAGUUCGAGGAGAACUUCAACCCGGACAAGCACUACGAUCCGGACCGCGAGCGUGCCGAGUCCAACCGCCUCAAGGCUGAGUACAAGCGUGAGAAGAAGGGUGCUAUGCGCGAGCUGCGCAAGGAUGCCAGUUUCGUCGCGCGGGAGAAGCUGCGGGAGAAGAAGGAGCGCGAUGCCGAGUACGAGAAGAAGUACAAGAAGCUUAUUGCGGAGAUUCAGAGCGAGGAGGGUCAGGCGGCCAACGAGUACGAACGGCAGAAGCGGGGACGUCAAGGCAAGCGGUAA